GCCUAUCCAAAAAAAAGGUUGUUUCAGAAUUGAGAGCACCGGUCGCUGGACGGAAACAAAAUGGAUAUUUGUUUAAUUGACAUGAGAAAGAUGGAAAUUAAUUAGGGAAGAAAUGUCAUACAGAUCAAAGUUAGUGCCCUAUAAAUACUAACCAAAGCAUUGCUCUGCACCACAAGCCAUUGCUAGUUUAGUUCCAUACAUAGCAAGAAAAACACACUCACACACAGUGCUUGUUUAGACUAGUGAUCUUCCAUGGCUGUGAAGGAUAGAAUCCUGGUCUUGGGACCCACAGGAGCCAUUGGAAGGCACAUAGUUUGGGCAAGUUUAAAGGCAGGGAAUCCCACUUUUAUAUUGGUUAGGGACACCCCUGCCUCUGUUAACAAGCCAAGGCUUGUCACUGCUGCUAAUCCUGAAACCAGGGAAGAACUCAUUCAGAGCUUCCAAAAUUCUGGAGUUACUCUAAUCCAGGGAGAUCUGAAUGAUCAUGAAAGUCUGGUUAAAGCAAUCAAGCAAGUUGAUGUAGUAAUCUGCUCAUUUGGUAGACUACUAAUAGAAGAUCAGGUCAAGAUCGUUGCAGCAAUAAAAGAAGCUGGAAACGUUAAGAGAUUUUUUCCAUCUGAAUUUGGGCUGGAUGUGGACCGUCACGAUGCAACUGAGCCAGUCAGAGAAGUUUUCGAGGAAAAAGCGAAAAUCCGAAGAGUAAUUGAAGCUGAAGGAAUUCCAUACACUUACCUAUGUUGCCAUGCCUUUACUGGUUACUUCUUACGUAACCUUGCACAGAUUGACAUCACUGUUCCUCCUAGGGACAAGGUUUUCAUUCAAGGAGAUGGAAAUGUCAAAGGAGCGUAUAUCACUGAGGCCGAUGUGGGAGUUUUUACAAUCCAAGCGGCAAAUGACCCUAAUGCCUUGAACAAAGCUGUGCACAUAAGACUCCCUAACAAUUAUUUGUCCUUAAAUGAUAUCAUCUCUUUGUGGGAGAAAAAAAUAGGGAAGACUCUUGAGAAAAUUUAUGUUCCAGAGGAACAAGUUCUUAAGCAAAUUAAGGAGACUUCUUUCCCAAAUAAUUACCUGCUGGCUUUGUACCACUCACAGCAGAUAAAGGGAGAUGCAGUGUAUGAGAUUGACCCUGCCAAAGACCUUGAGGCUUCUGAGGCUUAUCCUGACGUGAAAUACACCACUGUUUCUGAAUAUUUGGAUCAGUUUGUCUGAUUUCCGAAAUCUUAGGAACCAAAGCACUUUUAUGAUGUUAUCACUCUGCAAAAUGCUUAAUAAAAUUAAUGCAGUUUUUCCUUUUCUUUCAGAAAAGGCCUUUUUGCAACACUACCAUUGUGGCAUUGUUUGUUUCGUGGUGGUUGCUGGUGUUUGUCCUGUUCUGAAGAACCUAUCCCCAUUAAUGUAAUGUUAUACCUGAAAAAUAAUAAUAUAAUCUGUGCUACUGUUUGCACAUCAUCUAGA